AUGUCUUCCGCUGCUCCCUGGCGCGCUUUCUUCGGGUACAACAAGUACACGCAAAUUGCUGGACAAGCUACUCGAGCUGCGCUCAAGGAAGCCGAAAGGGUAGAGGCUGAUCGUAGAGGUGUUCUCAGUCUACGUUUUCAAGAGUGGAAGGAUGGUCAGUCCGGUGAACACGUGAGUGGUCUCGUCUGCCUUUUAGCCGCUCGAAAUUGCAUUCCGCGUUCGCAAGAGAUGAAGCAGAAGUAA